AUGCCGAGAGUAACCCCUGUACUGCGCAAGGGUCUCAAAGCCAUUCAAGAUUUUGAUCUGCUCAAGGUCUUGCAGUCCGAGAUCAGACACGAACUGUCCUCUAAUCGCUUUCAGAAUAACACAAAAUGCUCAAAAUUGGUUUCAGAGAACCUGUUUGGUUUUUUUUGCCCCCUAACUUCUACAAGUUUUUUUCAGAACUAUGAAAGUGGUUCCAUAGGAGAUUUUGUGGUGGACUGGGAUUCACCACAGUCCCAAGACAUGGUUUUACGGAAAAAAUAUGAGUCAGGUGAGGAAGUUGCUGUGUCAGCUUUGUUAGGUUGUGAAACCUUUCAAGAAGAUGGUAGAUUUCCCAGGGAAGCUCAGAUGAAGGUAUGCAUAAAGAAGCCUGGCUUGACCUCCAUCUUGCAGUUUGAUUGUGGAGUUUCAAGUAGAAGUGACAUUGGGACUGAGUUUGAAAUCCGUAAUGCAUAUUUCAUCCAAUCAUCAUCAUGUUUGGAUUCUUCAUUCUACAGAGGCCCCUUAUUCAGUUCUUUGGACCCUCAGUUGCAAGAUGAGCUCAAGCAAUAUCUAUUCGCCAGGGGAAUUGGGGAAAGCUUCAGCAACUUCCUCCUCCUCCACCUACACAAGAAAGAGCAAGAUCAGUAUGUAAACUGGUUGCAUAAAGUGGAGGCGAUGGUGGCACAAAAAUGAGUGAUGUCGACAAUUGCGGGGGACAGGUUUAGUUUACACAUGCUUUCUUUUUCUUGUCCGAUUUUUUUUCAUUGUUAUUGGCUGCAUGAUUUUGACAAAGCAUGAGGCUAUAUGACAUUUUCACUGACUACUUCUUUAUCCUCGAUCCUUUUAUAUCGUAUCAGCACAACAUCAUUUUGAG